UAUCUAUCUAUCUAUCUAUCUAUCUAUCUAUCUAUCUAUCUAUCUACUUACCUACCCACCCACCCUCCUACCUUCCUAACUUCCUUCCUUCCUUCCUUCCCUCCCUCGUCCCCUCCCUCCUUUUCUUCCUCCUUUCACGGAGGAUCCCGCUGUCCUGAGCCAUGGCGUGCUGCCUGUCGGAAGAGGCGAAAGAGCAAAAGCGUAUCAACCAGGAGAUCGAGAGGCAACUACGUAGGGACAAACGAGAUGCCAGGAGAGAACUCAAGCUUCUAUUACUCGGUACUGGUGAAUCGGGAAAAUCCACGUUCAUCAAACAGAUGAGAAUUAUUCACGGCUCCGGUUACUCGGACGAAGAUAAAAGAGGAUUCAUCAAGCUGGUCUACCAAAACAUAUUCAUGGCGAUGCAGUCGAUGAUACGAGCGAUGGAACUACUCAAGAUCGAGUACGCGGAAUCAUCGAAUAUAGAAAAAGCGGAACUCGUGAGAGCAGUCGACUUUGAGACGGUCACGACAUUCGAAAGUCCAUAUGUUGAAGCGAUCAAGGACUUAUGGGCAGACGCCGGAAUCCAAGAGUGUUAUGAUCGCAGACGAGAGUAUCAACUAACAGACUCUGCUAAGUAUUACCUAAUGGAGAUAGAUCGAGUUGCGGCGCCAAACUAUCUCCCUACAGAACAGGACAUACUUCGUGUGAGAGUACCUACUACCGGUAUAAUUGAGUAUCCUUUUGACUUGGAAGAGAUCCGAUUUAGUUAUCUUAGUGACCUAGAACGUAUUGAAAAGCCUGAUUUUCUUCCUACCGAGCAAGAUAUUCUUCGGGCUCGAGCUCCCACUACCGGCAUUAUAGAAUAUCCAUUUGAUCUGGACUCCAUCAUAUUUAGGAUGGUAGAUGUAGGUGGACAGAGAUCGGAAAGAAGAAAAUGGAUUCACUGUUUUGAGAACGUCACUUCCAUUAUAUUUUUAGUAGCUUUAAGUGAAUACGAUCAAAUUUUAUUCGAAUCGGAAAACGAGAAUCGAAUGGAAGAAAGUAAGGCGCUCUUCAAAACAAUUAUAACAUAUCCCUGGUUUCAACACUCUUCCGUUAUUUUGUUCCUAAAUAAAAAAGAUCUACUCGAAGAGAAAAUAAUGUAUUCUCAUCUGGUGGAUUAUUUUCCUGAAUAUGAUGGCCCACAAAGAGACGCCAUAGCUGCUAGAGAAUUUAUUCUAAGGAUGUUUGUCGAUCUAAAUCCAGAUAGUGAGAAGAUUAUUUAUUCUCACUUCACAUGUGCCACAGAUACGGAGAACAUCAGAUUUGUAUUUGCAGCGGUGAAGGAUACUAUCUUGCAAUCUAAUCUAAAGGAAUAUAAUCUGGUCUAGAUGAGAAGAUAUCUAUAUUGGAGUGACGUUGACUACUACUACUUUAACAUCUUAACCAAAGUAUUGCGGUAUAGACACUGUUAAACGACAACAAGAGCAGGGAAAAUGAUACGGAAGGGAGACAUGGAAUAAACAAUAACUAUUUUGUGGUGCCAUCGAUGAAGCAUCGCAGUUCCAUCUCAAGAAGUACCAACUUUAGCUAAUAAAAAUAUGUAAUACGAUGGAACUACCAGCGAGACAAACAAAGACGGACCUAAAUCUGA